AUGUUUUCUGUAUCGUUUGUAUUGGCCAUUCGUUUUCUGGCGAUUAUUAGUAUGAUUUAUACACAUUCUCAUGUAAACGCCAAUGCAUGGAAUGAUCGUUUGAGUGUAACUAAAAAUCGGUUAAUCAAUUUCGAGGCGAUAGGAGGUAUUGCUGGAAACAAUUCAUUGUCUACCUGUUGGGCAAAUACGUUGUUGCUCAAUCAAACUUUUGGAUCGUUACAAAAUGGUGACACUCUUCUUAUACCAGCAAAUCGAACGUUUUGGUUAACGGGUGGCCUCUAUGCACGUGGUCUUUCCUAUGUGACUAUUCAAAUUGAUGGUAUUCUUAAAUUUUCUGAUAAUGUAUUCGAAUGGCCACGUGAUCCUCGUACAAAUCAAGUUUUUAAUUGUUUCUACUUUGAACAAUUGGAUCAUGUAACUUUCACCAGUUCACAAAUUUCGCCUAACAAAGGAAUCAUUGAUGGUUCAGGUCAUUUUUGGUGGGGUGUAAUUCAAUAUGUGAUCAUUCGUGGAAACCGACCGCAAUUAUUUUGGAUUCAUAACUCUACUAAUAUCUUGAUCGAAAACUUACUGUUGAAAAAUCCACCUAAAUGGACAUUUUAUGGUCAGGAUGUUGCCAAUUUGGAAAUUCGUCAUACUGAUAUCGAUGCACACAGAAAUCCAGACGUUCAUUGGCACGAUCUCUACGAAUUAACUGCAUUUAAUACAGAUGGAUUUGAUGUCUCUGGUAAGAAUAUAUGGAUUCAUGAUUGCAAUAUUUGGAAUGAUGAUGAUUGUAUUGCGGUAAAACAACAAGAUUCAAGCAGUAUUCAUUCGCCUUGCAGUGAAAAUAUGUUAUUCGAACGUAUUAAUGCGUCAGGUGUGGGCUUAACAAUCGGUUCUAUUGGUCCCUCUGACGCUCAUUCGUGUGUGCGUAAUAUUACAUUUCGUAAUUGUACUAUGCAUAACACUUUCAAAGGAAUUUAUUUGAAGUCACGCCCAGGAAAUGUAGGAGAAACAGGUGAAAUUACUGACAUCCUCUAUGAAAAUAUUCAAAUUUAUAAUGCUUCUCAAUGGUCUAUCUGGAUAGGGCCACAACAAGCUGCGUUCAAAGACGCUUGUUCACUAUUAUGGCCUACUAUACCAGAAGCCAGUUGUCCUAUUCCAUCGGGUAUUACUUGGAAUAACAUUGUUUUGCGAAAUAUCACUAUCAAUGAUCCUCAAAUAAGUCCAGGUGUCAUAAUUGGUAACUCAUCAAAUCCUAUGCAGAAUAUUUUGUUCGAUAAUGUGCAUGUAAACAAUCCAGGCUCUCGUCCAUGGGGCAAUCAAUAUUAUGCGUGUUAUGGUGUUGAAGGAACUGCAACGGGUAAUACACAACCACCGCCACCAUGUUUCAAACGUCCACUAAUCUAG